UGACGUGGGAAGCAGCGCUCAGAUCUCUGUCCCAAGAUGCUAAGAUGCCCAACCCUGCAUCCGCCUUGUAGUUCAACACCCUCUCGGGUGAGUCAUCUGACCGCAUCACCUUAGGGGGAAAUCCUUGGACUGUGAUAACUCCAGGGAUCAGCUGGAGGAACAGUUGUGAAAAAUCCAGGUAAGAGAUGCCCAGGUGUGCUUCUGUGUGUAUAUACCUGUGAUGGGGAAAGAUAAGCCUGCCAGCAACUCAGAAGAGGAAUACAAAGAGAGAAAGCCCUGUGUUUCUUAGGAAGAGGCACGGAAAAGAGCAACAGGUGCAUACCUGUAGGAAGGGUCAAAAGGCUGGCUCUUGCAAAGAGGAUCCGUUCGCAUUUCCCCAACACAGAAGGCAUUUAUUUGGGUCCAACUUUUCAACCGUCAGUUAAUGCCCUUCUCAUUACCUGCUGGUUUCCAGGAUGUUCAAGGAAUAUUUCCAGUAUAAGGGCAUCAGCUUCCCUCAAAUAAUCUACUCUGAACAGGUGCUGCAGAUGGUGGAAAACAAUUUCCAAGUCCGAGAUGAUGAUAUUUUCAAUGUUACUUACCAGAAAUCAGGUACUGUGUGGAUGCUGGAGAUUUUAAGUCUGAUCCGAAACAACGGUGACCCCAACUGGUGCCGAACAGUCCCCAACUGGGACCGGGGGCCCUGGUUUGAGACAGUGCUGGGAUACCGGAUAGCUCAGACCAGCAAGUCGCCACGUAUUAUUAGCUCUCACCUUCCAGUGCAGCUCUUUGCAAAGUCCUUUUUCAAAUCGAAAGCCAAGAUCAUCUACACAGUGAGGAACCCCAAAGAUGUCCUGGUAUCCCUCUAUCAUUUUGCCUCCAUGUUUCGCCCCUAUAAGGACCCUGGCACCUUGGACCAGUUCCUUGAUGUCUUCCUAAAGGGAGAUGUGCCUUUUGGAUCCUGGUUUGACCACAUUAAAGGCUGGAUGAACCUGAAGGACAAGGAAAACAUCUUCUUCAUCACAUACGAGGAGCUGCAAGAGGACCUGCGGGGGAGCGUUGCCCGCAUUUGCCAGUUCCUUGGCAAGGACUUAGACGAUGCUGCCAUCGACUCCAUAGUGGCAAAUGCCUCCUUCGAGGCCAUGAAAAGCAAUAAGAUGUCAAACUUCUCACUCUCGCCCCGCUUCCUCAUGAACCAGAAGAAAAGCGCUUUCCUCCGCAAAGGGAUCUCUGGAGACUGGAAGAACCAUCUCACGCCUCUUCAGAGUGAAUGUUUUGACCAGAUCUAUCAGGAGCGUUUGCAAGACUUAAGCAUUACAUUUCCCUGGGACAAAGAAUGAAGCUGUCUUUCUCUGUACCGAUUCCUUUCCUUUGUGAUUAAUGAUUCAUCGUGAUACUAAUUGUCUAGUAAAACACCUUGUAGAUUAGAAGGAACAUCUGGGCUGAGUGAGGAAGGAGUCAGUCUUGGGAGAAUAAUGGGUUAGAAUAGGCAUAGGCAAACC